AUGAACCUCUAUGUCAUCUUGCUCCCCCUUGUCAUACAGGGACUGGCACUAGGCUGUUGUGAAGGUAAGAUCGAAUCAAGAAACGAUGAUGAAAACAAAUAAACAAUAGAAAGAAACAGGGAGCCUCUUUCAGGAUCUUGCAAUUGACUUCAGGACUUGUUUUCCACCAAGAGCUUUAAUGAGCUUAACCGCUUUGCCCCUUAAUCACACGAGAAUAAAGGAAAUGAUCACCAACUGAAAAAGUUCUUGAUUUUUAAACAAAUUAUCCUUGUCAGCACUUUGUAAAUUUAUAGAGAACGGUUUGGAGAAUGUGCAUUCUGAUGUAGGGGUGUAGAGGAUUAAGGGCGUCAAACAGAAAGCCAUGAUUCUGAUUUAACUUUUGGGAUUCUAAAAGCUUAAAUGACAUUUUAAUGGAAGCCGUUACAUGUCAUAUUAUUGACACAACUCUUGUUGUCUUUGAUCUAUGUAGCUAAUGCUGCUGUAAGAACCAAUCAGCCAAUAAUGACAGUAUUUAAAACAGAUUGCAUAGUUAGUUUCUAUACAUGGUUGAAACUGAGGAUAAUGGGUAGAGAGGGAUCAAUAUAACUAAUGACUUUUAUGUGGAUUAUUGGUAGUUUUUUCAGUAUACACAAUUCCAUACAAAAAACGUUUCUUGAUUCUGAUGGUGACGAUUAGCUUGUCGAAACUUCCGUCUCUACCUUAAGCACCGACAACUGUCCUUCACGGGACUACUCUCACCUGGAGGAUAAGUCUACACGGUCAACUGUUACUCCUGGGUUGUAACCAUUUACUGUAAGCAUUAACCCUCGCAUUUAUAGAAUAUGAUGCUGACGACGUCAGUGGAGAGGGAUCCUGGGAUCAGGACGAUUGGAAUAGAAGUGGUGGUAAGAAUCCGCGAAAUACCAAAGUUGGGCAGAUUUAUAUUCUUAGCAGUUCGCAACAAAGUUCUUCCAGUAAGCCAUGUUAUAGACCAGAAGGUGACGAGAAAAUGUGUAUUGAAAGCUAAAUGAACCGAGAAAUGGGGCAGUAGUUUUGCCAAAUUAUAGUUUUGCCAAAUUGAGUUUUACUGACAGAAGCUGAUAUUGACUUUUGAUCGCUUUUUAUCUACAACACCUGUCAGAUACCAGCACAGGUGAGGAUGAUAAUUUCACUGGGUUUAAAUCUGGUUCGAGCUCAACCGACAAAGCCGAAGAUGAUGAAAAGCCCACAUUUUAUCCAAGAAUCUCGCAAACUUACUCCAAUAGGAUCUUUGUUACCUCUGGUGUUGGUGAAGACAAAGGGGGCUCCAAACACGAUGGCAGGUCACAAUACAGCUCGGAGAAUAGUGGAAACCAGGAGAACAACGAGGAUUUUGGUUCUUCAAUGGAUCUUUCUAAAGGUUUGUCAUGACAUUUUCUGUUUCAAAGAGUUCUCACGAUAAUUGCAGUUGUUGCAUCAGACUAGAGAGAGUGUUUCCGACCUAAGACGGCUGGGAUGAAAAUUAACAAAUCUUUGUCCCGAUUUAACUCACGCAGUUAUACUAGUUAGGGGUUAAAGUCUCUAAAUGUAAAGUGUUUUGUACCCAUACAUUGUGAUUGCAGAAUCUAGAGAAAUUUACGGAAAAACACCUUAAUAACCAGGUUGAUAGUUGGAUCCUUUGUCACAUCAAAAGGUCAAACGUGUUUAACACUGGUCUUCAUAGUCCUCCCACAGGCAUGGGCAGUUUUGCGCUUAAACACUUCUACUUUUCAUCAAGAGGCUACUAUGUAUCUCAAUAACCUUGAAUAUGUUUAAUAACCAAUAAGUACUCCAUAAUUUUCUAUUCUCCAGUUGGCGAUGCAAUCGAUGUAAUGAAAAGGCUUAAAAAGGGUAAGAUUACAAUGACAGAAAUACCUUCCCAAUAACGUAACAAGAUGUUUUUUUUAUUUGUGUGAAAAUCAUGCCAAAAGAACCAGUCAUGAAUGACAAUUUCCCUAUCCAAUUUAUUGAUUAAAUCUGUAAAAUCAAGAUAUGUCUGAAACAGCUUGAAACGCCAUAGCACAUAUAACUUGUUUUCAUCAAAGAGAACAAAUAUGGUAUGCUCUUAUAUACCGACAAUUCUCACAACCCAGACAGAACCUUUAUUGAUUGAAGCAUUUAACCGGUGUGGAAACUAAACUGACACGUGAGUCACAUCAACCGAAAUUUACUUUCGCAAGGAGGACGCAAUGGAAGCCGAAACAAUUUUUAACUUUGUUUCUACUCUUAUGCCCUUGCAGAAAUUACUUCCAACAUUCAAAAUUUUAACGCUUAAUUAUUCUUUCCACAGCUAAAUCAGAUCAGGAGUUUGCCAAAAAGCUCAGAUCAGGUAAGAAAACCAACCAUCCAGCCUUUCCUUCUAAUAUUUGCAUUAUUGCCUGCAUAAGACAACUCUGGUAAAGCACGAAGCAUAAAAUUAUCUCAACCCAGUAAGCAUGAUAAGCUGUAACACCUGACGGUAAUUUUUCUCUUUAAACGUAGGCCCUGAAAGCUUAGGCGUUGCUUUCAAAACGUUUGAACAACUUAGUGGUCUUUGGAUAUCAGUUAUGCAUAGAAUAUGGAGAGUUUGGAAGGCAAAAGGUAGGUAGGAUUACUUGCGUUCCUCCGAUAAGACUCGACGACUGCACGGAGUAAUGACUACAACCAAGAGAUAAACUCCGUUUCACAACAAUCAUGUAUCAACCGACAUAUUACAAACUUGCCAGAUCUAGUCAUAUGCAGACAAUAAUGCAAAACGAAUAUUAUCAAAAUUGAUGUAAGUGCAUGAGGUAAUAAACCCUUCCAUCUUCUACCUUUGACCUCAAGCAUUAUUUAGAUCCGUCAUGACUUACUGGAAGAUCGUGAAAAUAUACGUGAUUUGAUAACUGGGAGGUUUCUUUUUUUGGACGGUCAUAAGUUAAAGUAGUAAAGGUAAUCGAGGCUGUAAUCCGCCACCAUACUUGAAUUGUACUGAAUCAAAUUCUAAAUGUUUAAAUGACAGGAUUGCUUUAAAAUUUUUGUUCAAACAAACAGGAGCCAAAGUGGUAAUGCAUUCGAUCGUGAAUGAUAUGGUACACAACACAGGAAGAGCAAUCACACAGAAGUUGGGAAAAAUGCUGAACAACACAGUUGGUACGUACACCAAGAUUUAAUUAUGAUAAUUAUCUGUUAGUAUGCUGCCUGACGUAACCGCGAUGCUGUCUCGGAGCAACUUUUCCGUUGCUCAUUACAUUGACCAACCAUUCAAAAAAUUUCUUAAAUAGAGUCAUCCUUUUUGAAAAAAUGAUUCUAUGUUGCAGAGAGAAUGUUGAGUAAAAGAUCACACAUGAUGUCACAAUUCAAAAAUAAUAAAGUAGCUGACAUUUUACCGAUCAAUCUUGAACAAGUCCAAGGCAACAUGGACAGCAUUUGUUUUAUUACAAACAGGUGGCUAUCGAUGAUGUCAUACACGGGCCUAACCCUUAAGAGAUCAUAGGCUAGAACCAAUUGAGGAGUAAAUACAAUGCCGUAGUCUGUAAAGAUCAAAAAGGAAAUACAAUCUACGAUUGCUUCGAAUUUAGCAACUUCUAUACUCAUUCAGUUAUCCUUGAUAUUUCCUUGGUGCAAUUCAUUAAGGGUGUUUGAAAAGAAAAUUCCUAUAAAGUGUGAUCGUAAUGCUUGGGUGAGGCGAUUCCAAUAACCUGAAAUAUGCAUGAUUAUUGGCAAUAACAGAUGUGAAAAUGAACAGCAGUGGGUCAGCAGCUUUUGAUAAAGACGACGGUUCAACGGAACCCGAAAAGAAGCACAGAAUAGACACAGUUCACCAUCAAACAGGUAAAAUCAUAAGAAAAGCUCAUCCUUCCCUUCAUUGUUAAGGAAAUCUUAUUCAUUAUGUUUAAAAAUGUAAAGCUAUCCCUGUUCAUAAAAUUUAAAUGUACAUAAAACUUUUUUAAUAGGAAUAUCAAAUCAGUAGUAUCCAAAACAAUCCUAUCGUUGAAUUCUCUUUGAUUUUUAGAUCUACCAGUUCAAAGAGUUAGUAUUGAUUUUAUAAAGAACGUUUCAAGCAUAGGGAGGAAGUCGUCUCAUACGAAACGUAAGUUGAAAUCCUCUGACUGAGUGGCAGGAAAGUUUCCGUUCUUAAAUGAUCUGCCAUACAGACCUUUACUUUCACUGCAUCUUUUUUAAAGCAUGUUUCCUCGUGAGAUACAUCGUUGCCUAAUGGUCAGUGGAUCUAGAGCUCGUAGCUCAAGCUCUGGCCGGGUCAAUGUGUUGUGUACUAAAGCAUAAAAUUACUUAUCAGCUUUCAAUCCUUCAAAUCGCAUAAUUUGACUUAUUAUGCCCUUUCUCCCAAUGGAUAACCUUGGGAUUAGAACACCUGCCACUUCUUAUCCUUGCAAUGAUCAUUGUUUUUUAAAUGUGUAAAUAUUCAAUUUCAGCCAUUAAAGAACCAGAAGAGAAAGUAAAGGUGUCGUUUUUAAAGAGGAACAUGAAUGAAUCCAAACCGAAGCUAAAAUCUGAGACUCACAAUUUAAUGAAGAAUACCAUGUCUGUCAUCCAGAAAACGUCAGAGGAGAAAGAAAAUAAGAACUUCACUUCCAUUCGUGACAAAUCAGAAACUCGUUCUACUUUGGUGCCUAAAAUUACACUUCCCGUCUCAUUAACAAAUGGUGAAGAAAAAAGAUCGAGUACUAAUAACACCUUGGUGAUCAUUAACAAAGAGAAUCACAAAAACGUUGACGCGGAUACAGAGAGAAGCAAAUCUGACCCUCGUAAGGGAGAGAUACAGAAAGAAAAGCAACAUAUUAAAAUUAUUGAUGUAAAAGAAAGAGAAAAUAACUCUUCAAAAAAGUCUAGUGGUGACUCAUUGAGAAGAGAUGAUGAAAGUCGCCCUGAAAUAAAGUUACGCGGUGAAGACAACAGCGCACGGGGCGGAGGGGGGAAAAGGCCCGUGGAACUCGUAAAACCAGCGGUAAAGCAACUAAGUGCAAUCAAUAAAGCGACAAACGAUGACCAAAGAGAUCAAAACAACACAAAUAGUUUCUUUCCUAAGAGGAAAGUUAAUCAAAAUAAGGUAAACACAUCGCGAAGCGAGAUGGAGAGAGUGAAAAAGUCCGGAAAAUCCACAGCAUUGGAAACAAUGAGGAUAAAUUUCUUGAAACGAAAUAGGACUUCACUUUCAGAUCCUAAAACCACUCUCUCUUAUGUCAUUGGUUCGGAAACACGAGGCAAUAAUGUAUUACCAGCACUGCUCAACACAUCCAACACUCCUUUGCAUAACAAGUCUAUUUCUAGAAAUGAUUCAUCAACUUUACACAAGUCAACUUCAGCUGUGGAAAGUAAUUAUAGAGAGACAUACCCGACCGGAAAAAAGAUUCUUAAUGUUGAGAAGAAUCAAUCAAAUAAAGAACCUUACACUCAAAGGGAUAAAAAGAGCUCAAGAAAAGGACUUACUGGGAACAACACAACAACUACCUCCGAUGUGUUGCACAAAAGAACAAAAAAACCACCGUCAGCGAAAUCCGAGAAGAUAGUAAUAAAGCUAAAUGGAAAAAAGGGGGCAUCAAAAGUGAACAAGGCAAAUGAUACUGUUCAUGAAAAUUUUAAGGCUAUGGAUAUUCAUGAGGUAAAGGAAGGCAUUGACAUUAAUUAUAUGCAACGGAACGUCACUGCAAAAAUGAAAACAGAUGCAAUAAAAGAAACCAGUCCUGCUCAGUUCAGUGAUAAUUCAGUUCUCACGCAUCAAAAAAGGUUGACCUCGUCGAGAAAAAACCUCAAAGAAUCCAAAAUUACGAGUGAGGCAGCGCUAAAUACCUUACAGGCAAACAAAACAGUUACCAAGGAAAAUACCUUGACCAAAAGGAAAAAUGUUUCAAACUCUGAAAGAGGUUUCAGUAAUUCACAAAAUGGUGGAAUUACAUAUAACAAAGAAGCUACCCGUGGAGAUGUACAAAAAGCCCGUUAUAGAAAUCCAAUGCGGAUUGUCGUUGAAAUUGAGAACAGGACACAAACAAAAAAAAAUGAAAAAGGAAAGUUGGUGGAUGACAUCAGCUUUCCGCUUAAGAAGGAACCUCAGAAAGGUGCAGCUAUUUCAGUAGCAAGAGGUGAGUCACAACAGAAGAUCAUUGUGACCUCUCAAAAGCUAGGAAGUUCGAAAGGAGCCAUCCGAAAAGUUACAGAGGAAAAGGCCAAACAGGACCCAUUGGACGGUAAAAAUGAGACACGAAAAGGUAUGCCAGUCACAGUUAUGUUCCACAACCAGGCCAACCUUAUCAUCCAUUGCCAAAAGUAACACAAAAAGCCAGUAAGUUAUAGGGUAUGGACAGGGGUUAACAAGAGCGUAUGCUUGGGGGCAUACUCUUUGUCAAGAAAAUACCAUUGAUAAUUUAUAACUAUAAAACAACCCAUCUUGCCACCAAAUGCUAUUGAGACCCUAGUAGAAAUACCCAUUAUUGAAAUUCCUUCCGUAGUGACUAGGUUCGACUCAUUAAGGGAUAUAGUCACAGAGUUACUCAUGAUCAAAGGUUGAUAGGAACAUCUUCAACCCGUAAAGGGCAUACUAAUGACUAUUAUACCUGUUUUCCUGUUUUCUUUUUGUCGCUCCUAGCUCCUACCUUUAAAAUGCCAGCAUUGAAGAAUUUCGUUAAAUCUUACUUAUCUCAACGAAGAGUAGAAGACUAAUUUGCCAUUCAACUUUAUCACAGAUCAAACAAAUUCAAAAAGCAAAACACUGGAAGAGAAAGAAAAGAUUGAGAUCAAACCUAACUUAAAGAGAGGGGUACCGAGCGGCAAAGCGAGCAUCUCACAUGCACCUAACUCCAUGCUUGGGCGAAAGGAUAAAAAGGGCUCUGAGAACUAUAUAAACGAUACUCAGCAUUUACAAGGAAAUUCCAUCCCAGUUAAAGACGAAAACCGUCACAGGUCUUUCUCUAACAAGAUACUGGCAAAUCAUCCGGAAAAAUCUGACAAACUCGAAGGAAGAGACAAUGCGACAAAUGGCCCAGUAAAAACACGUGUAACGCAAGGUCCAGGAAAUGGCGUAACACAUACUUCAGGAAGUGGCGUGACGCAUGAUUCAGGAGGUGGCUCAAAAGAUUAUCCGGGAAGAAGCGUGACACGCGAUUCAACUGAUGAUACAAGACAUGAUCCUGGAAGUGGCUCCAUUCGAGAUCCAAACCCCACAUCAUCAGAUCUACUGACCAAGGCAACUAAACGCCAUCAUUCAAAACAUGUUUCUGAUAAUGAAAUAGUCAGACAUAAAGUAUCCCAUUCUCCUCAACAAGUAAUUAACGCCCAAUACAAGCAACUUAGUAAGCUAAAGCCAAUGUCAAAGCAACCAAACAAGCCUAACUCGGAGAGUGUUCCACCGCCAAAAGAUACUAAAUAUAGUAAGUAUUCAUUUCAUAGAUUUAUGGAUUCAAAAUAGAUCAGCUUUCUCCGAACCUCCCCCCCGAGUGGUAGGUGCACCGGACUUCAGAUCUGAAGGUCUGGGCUCAACUAUUAAAGAAGUGGGGGAUGUGUCUCUGUGUUGGAGUCACUGUGACGUGUUGGGUUACUGUGUUGUGUUGAGGUCAUUGUGAUGUGCUCUUAAACAAGACACUUAGCUCUCACAGUGCUUCUUUUCACCGUGAAUAUAAAUGGGUCCCGGAUGUAGAAUGGAGCCUUCUAGAUCGGGGGCCGAUUUCACUUUAUUGUUUUGAACUUUGUUUCUAAGCAAGUUCUAUGGAAAAAAAGAAACUUUUUCCAAAAAGGAACCCGAUUCUUACUGAUUUUGGAGCAGUUUUUUCAUAAUCUCCCUUCUUCCCUUUUAAGAGCAUUUCAGCAAGGUGAAGAUGUCACCAAAAUCGCACCAAGAUUUUCAGGCCUCACGGAAAACCAAAGAGGAACGGCCACCUAGCACCUCGAAGUCGGAAGAUCACCAAGCAGCUAUCAAAGGUAACGGGUGUGAUGGUUCAUCAUCCUUCCGAUCCCUAUUUAAAUCGUAAUACUCAAAUUUCAAAAGUCGCGUUGCUAGAAUUGGGCCUGAAUCUGGAAGAAAUCUCGUAGUCAUCUGCGACCUCCUUCAUUGAUUAAUAGAUAAAAAAUAAUUUAUCCAUUUCACUCUGUUACUGUGCCUUUUCCUUUCCGUGACAAAAUGGAAAGUCAACAUAAACGUACUGACGCAAAAGCCAAACCCGUCAUAUUUCAUAGCCCUUGAGGCCCUUUAAAUCCUACCUGCCCCAGUUAUCCACUUUUCAAUCUGUAAUAAAAGAGAAAAACGCCGUAAGCACCAUAUUCAAUAUGUUUGCUUUCUAACCCUAUUCCUGACCGCCCAGGCCGAUUGCCACACGGGAAGAGUAGAUUGCUUCAUGGGAAGAGCAGAUUGCUUCAUGGGAAAAACAGAUUGCUACAUGAGAAGCAUCGUCUCCAGUGAUAAACAUCUAUCAUGCCCCUGUCUUCAUGGAUCCUGCUAUGUUGAAAACGGAGAUUAAGGCUUCAGUCUACACAUUGACUGCGUAUUUCAAACACCGAAAAUGAUACUCAGCAGAACUAAGUGUCAAACUGAUUGGCCAAAAAGGCUUUACACUAAUGUUUUUGUUCUAUCAAAAGAAAUCUCAGGAAUUGACGAAAACUCUCCGUCCAUGAAAAUACAAAGCAAUUCAUCUGAGGGUGACCAAAGUCCAAAGAAAGAGGACGAAAAGUCAACGAAACCUAAUCCAGGUAAAAGCACAAGAGUUGUGUAAAAAAAGACAUUAAUAGAGUAGAAAAUCAAUGAACAUCAAUGCUAAACGUCAAUAUGAUGACCUAAACUGGCUUACACAAUAGAUACAUAUUUUUGUUUGCAAAAAAAAUUUCAGGAAUUGAUGACAAAUUGACGUCCAGUAAACUAAAGAAUAGUUCUUCUGGAAGGGAACAAACUCCUGCAGAGAAGGACAAACAAUCAUCGAAAUCUCACCAAGGUAAAUCUUCAAAAGGAUCAUCAUCAUUUUGUUUUUAGCCAAUCUCUAUACUUCGCUCAUUCCAUUUUCAUUUUAAUUCAGUCAUUACUGAAUCUAUUCAUCCUUUCAUUAUUUUAUUCACAUCUCUUUAUCAAUGACCAGUUUGUUACCACAAAAACUUCCACGUCGCUUUCCAAUUUAUGAUAUAAACCCAUAACGUCAACAGGAUAAUAAAUGAACAUGUAAGUAUUUUUUGUGUUAAUUGCAAGCGCUAAAAAUAUUCAUGACGCAGACUAACAUCCAUCAAUCAUCUUGUACUGACAGUUGAAGUCUUAACGUCUCGCACUCCUCCCACUUCUCUUCUGACGACUUCAAACGACGAUAACACAUACAGCAUUAAACAGAUUGUGCAAGGUAUUGAUUUUCUCUUUCGCGAACUCGAUGUAUCCUGUAGUAUUUAAUUUCAAACUUAAUGUUGCAGGGAAUUCAGACCCAGCAAGAUGCCGCAAAGACGUUUUUUUCUUUUUUUCUUUGCUAUAUGCAUCUCAUAUGCGCGGUUAAGGCUCGAAUGUUUGGGAAGGGGGUGGUAAAACUCUAACACAACUUAAUCCAAACUUGAAGUGUGACUUGUUGUUUGACUAACGGACUGACUAAUCCUCUACCCGCUACAAUUAGCUACUGCGGACUGCGGACUGGGACUGGUUACGGAGGAAAUUGAGAGAGGGGGUCCUGAAUAUAGAUUAGAGGAAUAAAGAGCUAUGAUGACCUCCAGCUUAUUGAAUAAUAUGCAGAAUUCAACUCGACACAUUUUGUGAUAUUCUUGCACAUCAGGACCAAGGGGCUCGAGUUUUGUUUACGGAAUCCACAACGAUGAUAAAGUUCACAAUUUGGAGAAAAAGGUUUCGAGGCUGGAGAGCGAGGUUACAGUUUUGGAGACAGCGAUGGCAGAUUUGGCGAAGCGCCUGCUGGUCGUAGAACAAAAGUCAGGUGUGAACAACUGGAAUUAUGACUCAAUCUUUAGUGUUUGAUGUUUUCAUUCAAUAAGGUAGAAACUUAUAAGCUGGGAUUCAAUGGCCACUUGUGUUCCCCAUGACCACAUGAAGCGUGUAGAUUUAGAAUGGUGUCUUCUCAGGCAAAUUUCGAAACAUGCAAUGCUAACACCGAAAAUAUAACAUCCCUGUUACUUGGUGUAAAAAUUGAGCUUUUUGGCUACUCCUUUAGUGGAAGCCGCGUCCACAACACAUUCAAGACUGAACCUUUCUAAGGUCUUCUCGACAACUUUUUUCCAUUUUAUCCGUUUUCUUGUUAUCCAUUCAAUUCUCCUCUAUCCUCUGCUUCACUUUUCGUACACGAAGGGAAGUCAUAGGAGAUUUACAGUCUUAAACUUCUUUAACGCUCUACCACACAUUCAAAAAUGUUCUGGUCUCUUUUCAGAAGUCCCUCAGCCAACAAUGCCGACCAUUAUCCACUCUUCCAUAAAAUCCGAGCCUGAAGAGAAGCAUCCAGCUCACAACCAGCAAACCAAUGUCUACAUUUCAAAAGACGAGGCUCCAAAACUACCAAAUCCCGAAAAGAUUGUCAUACCAAUUUCAUCUCUGUUCCCCGAAAGAUCAGGGCACGUAAGCAAACCUUCUCAUUUCAUUCAUGAGGAACAAGAAACCAAAGGUAAGUAAACUUUUUGUAAUUUGUGUGUGAUUGAAAUUUUUUAAACAAAAUCGCGAAUUUGUCCAGCUCCUUACCAUGUUACCCAUCUGCAGAAGCUCGGAUCAUACACUAUAUCCAAAUCAAAACAUUUCUACUCAUUAGCUUUUAUUACACUGAGUGUCACUAAAGUAAAACAUUAUGCACAUUAUGCAUAUUAAUCAUAUCAGUUCAGUAAAGGGUGCAAAGUAUCCAACUAAACAGAUGUAACUCGCAUCAAAUAACUCAUGAUUCUUAUUACUAAGACAAGUUUACAUUAGAGGGACCGUUGCAAUUUCACUUUUUGAUGGACGUUCAAAUUCUAUGAGGAGGCAACAUUUCCACAAGAGUUAUAUCGCAUCUUACGUUCUUCUGCCUGUAAAGCACAUUUGAAAAAGUCUCAUUAUUGUGAUCACUAAAUAACUGUAAUUUCAGUUGACACUCACCUCGAGAAUGAAGACCAGGUGAAGCCUCAAGAUAGUACUCGGCUAAGUUUGCGUGGAGGGGCUCAAUCAUCGCCCUCCUCCGAGGCCCACGCGGUGGUGCGCCCCAUAGUGAACAUCAUAGUACCAAACAACAGAGCAGACUUGUUCCCUGAUGGAGGUCAGUAGGAGCUUCAUUAAAUAUGACAAAACUUAACUGACCUGAGUUGUUGUUGUUUUUAACAUAUUAAUCAUUGUCAACGUUAUCAUUGUCAUCAUCAUCACUAUUAUCAUUGCUAUCAUUGUCAUUAUCAUUAUCAUUAUUAUCAUUAUUAUUAUUAUUAUUAUUAUUAUUACACUACCAUUGUUAGCUGGCCAAGAUCGUAGGUUUCUAAAUUGUUUACAGCAGCUAUUAUUAUAUGCCUUUUUAUAUUAUAUCUGUCAAUCUACCAGAAGUUCAUCGUCAAGGUAUUUUAUAUCUCGACGUUGCCUAUGCAUUCCUAGAAAACUCAAAACGUUUCAUUAAAUUCCCUAAUGCCAUAGUUUCACCAGCAUGCAUUCCAAGAUGUCAAAAUGGCGGAAGGUGCUUAGAAGGGAACUCUUGUAGAUGCCCGACCUUUUUCACAGGGGACCAUUGUGAGAGAUUUUCUCUCAAGGAUCUACUGGAGAGCCCUAAUCUCCGGGAGAGACCUUACAGAAAACUCCAACGAAUAGUCGUGUCAGAACCACCAGAUCGUCAGAUACUUGAUGGUACUCUAAACUUAGAUUCAGGCCCUCCAGCUGCUGUCGAAUACAGAGACAUAAGCCAGUAUAGAGACUUAAAUCAAGAUACUUUGCCCGCCAAAGAAUUUGUAGCCAAGCAACAGCCGACAGAGUCUACUUUACCUACCAAUGAUGCAGAAAUAGAUGGCGGUUCAAGAAGAAGACAACUUAUCCUCGAAAUUUAAAAAAAUCCUGUUAGGAUUUGAACUGAAAUUGAUGAUUGCAUCAAUCUGUUAAUCUCUUUGAAUGGUACCGCGGAAAUAUCCUUAGUCAUCACAAUUACUUAUGAGGGAACUCAGGCAAAACCACAGACACCGUCAUCGUCUCUCAUUAAAACUCAAAUCUGCCUUCACGGCGGCUUGCAAGGGAGCUGGCGCCAUUAGAGACAGCGAGACAAAUGCGAGCUAAUUUUGUAAUCGGCGUCACUCUGGUGAUUGCCUUAGUUCCCGAACAAAUAACAUUUUUUUAAAUACCGAAAAAAAAAAAUAGUACGAGAAAAAGAGGGUCAUCCUAGCUAAGGUCACGCGAUCAUUCACAGAAAGUUAUAUCGUCU